AUGCGCGACUCGCCCAGAGCACGAGGUCUGGAUGAGUACCGGGAAGGGGGAAAGUGCAACUUCAUCGCCCUGGCAGUGCAAUGCCGACUCGUUGACUACGUCCGAGCAAAACUCACGCGUGAGCCAGAGCGCCUGGAGAAGGGAGGGAGACCGCUGCUCGAUUACGCGCUUCGGCCGCGCAGAAUCUCGCCACUCACCGUGCCCUAUCAUUCGCAGCGAGACGAAGCCAACAUUGAGAUUGACAUGAUCAAGCUCCUCCUCGAUCUUGGUGCGGAUCCUAAUCAGAAGAUCCAUUUGAACGACGGUCGCUCUAACUGGCUCGAAGUCUUUCAUUCUAAGAGAGCUGGACGAUCCACGACGUCUCAAACGGCGCCCAUCAUGGUCACCCGAACCCCGCAUCUGAUCAACCUGCUCCGGGGCUGGCCCUCGCCGUCCCUCUUGCCGGCGGCCGCGCUCACAGCAGCAGCAGCCCGGGCCCUCUCCGACCCGACCAUCUCCGUCCCCGGCCUCCAGUACGCCCCCGACCCCGGCUUCCAGCCGCUCCGCGAGGAUCUCGCCGCGUGGCUGGCCCGGGUCUACGGCGCAGCACCCGAAGCCGAUCGCAUCUGCAUCACCGGCGGCGCCAGCCAGAGCCUCGCCAACAUCCUCGCCAGCUUCACAGACCCCGGCUUCACGAGGGCCAUCUGGAUGGUGGCGCCCUGCUACUUUCUCGCCUGCCCCAUCUUCGAAGACGCAGGCUUCGGAGGCCGUCUGAGGGCGGUACCCGAGGACGACGACGGCGCCAAUGUCGAGAUCCUGGCGCAGAAGCUCCAGGCGCUCGACGAAGCCUGGGAGCGCGACGGCCGAGGCGCCAAGCCCGAGGACCUGAAGAGGGGCAAGAACCGCAAACUCUACAGACACGUCAUCUACCUCGUGCCCACGUGCGCCAACCCGUCCGGCAAGACGCUGCCGCUACGUCGGCGCGAGGCCCUCGUCCGCCUGGCGCGCGCGCACGACGCGCUCCUCAUCGCCGACGACGUCUACGAUUUUCUCCAGUGGCCGCUGAAUCCCGACGUCGCUGCUGCUGCUGCUGCUGCGCCGUUCCCGCCGCGGGAUCCGCACCUGCGCCUGCCGCGCCUGUCGGACGUCGACGCCGCGCUCCCGGGCCAGACCCCCUUCGGCAACGCCAUCUCGAACGGGUCCUUCUCCAAGAUUGUGGCGCCGGGCGUGCGCACGGGCUGGGUGGCGGCGACGCCGGCGUUCGCGUACGGGCUGAGCCAGACGGGGGCGAGCUGCAGCGGCGGCGCGCCGAGCCAGCUGGCGGCCGUCAUGGUGUGGGAGCUCCUGCGGUCGGGCGAGCUCGAGCGGCGGCUCGUCGAGGAGUCGAUCCCGCAGCUGAGGGAGCGGCAUCGACGCGUCCUCGAGGCUGUGGAGGCGCUCCUCGUGCCGCUGGGCGUGGCGGUGAGGCGGUCGAGCCUCGCCGGCGCCGAGGUGUAUGGGGGAUACUUUGUGUGGCUGACUCUGCCUGAGGGCGUCAGGGGGGCGGAUGUCGCGGACAGGGGCAAGGAGCUUGGUGUGACUGUUGGUGCCGGGGAGAAGUUUGAAGUCGCGGGGGAUGAAGAUGGCGCUCGGUUCGAGAGGGAGGUCCGCAUCUGCUUCUCGUGGGAGGAGCUUGAGGACGUUGUCGAGGGAGUCAGGAGGCUGAGCCAUGCGGUGAGGGAUGUGCAACAGGGCAAGUUUGUGGCUGGACCCAAGGUCGAUGCGACGUACAUUGAGAAAUGA